CCGGCCUCAGCCUCUGAAGUAGCUGAGAUUAUGGGUGUGAACCACCACACCCUGCUAGUUAAGGAAUUUUUAAAAACAAUAUAUGUGUUUGUUCCUCACAACUUCCUGCCUUCCCUCUCUCAUCUAAAUACAGUAAAAAAAAUAAGCUACAAAGAGCAGACUUCAUUAUGUUCACUGCUCAGAGUCCAACAUCUAUCCCAGAGAAGGCACUAAAUAGAUGCUGAACGAAUGACUAACAUUCUCUGCUCUGAAGAGAGAGAGGGGCAGAGAGAGAGAGAGAGAGUGUGUGUGUGUGUGUGUGCGCGCGUGUAUUCGCGUGCGCACAUGCAUGUAGGGGUAUGGGCAAAGCCCAGUAGUGGUGUAAGUGUUCUUACUAGGUCUAUACCUUUUGGAAUUUGGUGUCAUUCAAAUAUUUCCACCUCCUCUUGAGGAGUUGAAAUAAUAAAUUAGGCCCCAUAGUGCCCUCUUUUGUGGGGGUGGUCAUACCCUGAACCCAGGAAACAGGGAAAGUAGGGUUGGGAUAGAAGUCCUUAUGUCUACAUAUUUAUUUAAAACACUCAUGUAGUUCUUACUUUGUUUGCCAGGCACAGGUCUAAGUUCUUUAUAAAUAUUAACUCUGAGGGUACAAAUAUUAAUCUAGAAUUGUUGGCACAGGUUGAAUUAAUAUUGCGUCUCUCCAUUCUUCAGGGGAUAAAAGUACCUCUGGCCCUUUAAGGUUGGCCUCCUGCCCCAUUCCCCGCCCUAACUCUCCUAGACCCCUUCCCCGGAUUUAGACUCCAGCUCCGCUUCCGACCUUCUCUCAGGCUCCACUCCACGUCAAUCAAAGCUCCGAAAUGCCCGGGCUAAAUUCCCGGCUGCUAAGCAACGGCAGAGGGCGGGAAGUUUGAACGUUAUGGAGCCGCCCCCGAAUGCGAACAGGCCAAUCAGCGCCCUGGCCCUUCUACGUCUGCGGUCCACCCCUCCUCGCCCUAUUAGGUCUCUAGGCGGGAUCCGGGACUCUAGGACCAAUAGUGGCUAAGAGGGCGGGGACGUGCGCGCGCACGUCGGUCCCACCUCCCGCAGGCUCGCGGCGGUUGGUCAGCGGGACAGUGGCGUGGCGGUUGCGACCCAGGUGACGAAAAAGGCGGGAAGGCGCCGCGAGUUGGCGGCAGUGUCGGGUGAGGGGACCAGAGCGUGAGGCUGUGAAGGGAAGUGUGGCGAGCAAAGGCUGAGGUGCCUGUCUCGCCCCGCAGGGCCCUCAGACCUCCGCGUGACAGAAAUGAGAGUGGGUUGCGCGGAGUUUCCCAGAGCGCUUUAGUGAAGUGACUGAGAAGUCCGCUCAGAUCAUCCCCAUCUGUGCCCACGCCCCUCGCAGAAGCCCCCAGUGGGUUUGUGCUGCGAGUGGAAUGUCGCUCCUGAGCCCCUCCGCGUUGUGCACCCGCAGAGCCGCCAAGCGCAUGGCCUCCUGCGCGGAAAGCCCCGGCGCAGCAACGCAGGGACUGGGACCCAGGGUGGCCUCCGCCGGCUGCCCCAGCCUGGACCCCGCGCCGGGCCCGGAGGAAGCCGAGGACGGUGACGAGGAGCCGGCCGAGGUCCAUCUGUGUGUGCUGUGGAAUUCAGGACACCUGGGCAUUGCCUACUAUGACACCAGUGACUCAGCCAUCCACUUCAUGCCGGAUGCCCCAGACCAGGAGAGCCUCAAGCUUCUGCAGAGAGUUUUGGAUGAAAUCAAUCCCCGGUCUCUUGUUACAAGUGCCAAACAGGAUGAGAAUAUGACUCACUUUCUAGGAAAGCUUGCCUCCCAGGAACACAGAGAGCCAAAGAAACCUGAAAUCAUAUUAUUGCCAAGUGUGGAUUUUGGUCUGGAGAUAAGCAAACAGCGCCUCCUUUCUGGAAACUACUCCUUCAUCCCAGAGUCUAUGACAGCCACUGAGAAAAUCCUCUUCCUCUCCUCCAUCAUUCCCUUCAACUGCCUCCUCACAGUUCGGGCACUUGGAGGACUCCUCAAGUUCCUGGGUCGAAGAAGAGUUGGGGUUGAACUGGAAGACUAUAAUGUCAGCGUCCCUAUCCUGGGCUUUAAGAAAUUUGUGUUGACUCAUCUUGUGAGCAUAGAUCAAGAAACUUACAGUGUUCUGCAGAUUUUUAAGAGCGAGUCUCAUCCUUCAGUGUACAAAGUGGCCAGUGGACUGAAGGAGGGGCUCAGCCUCUUUGGAAUCCUCAACAGAUGCCGCUGUAAGUGGGGAGAGAAGCUGCUUAGGCUAUGGUUUACGCGUCCCACUCAGGACCUGGAGGAACUCAGUUCCCGUCUGGAUGUCAUUGAAUUUUUUCUGCUGCCCCAAAAUCUGGACAUAGCUCAGAUGCUGCAUCGGCUUAUGAGUCACAUCAAGAACGUGCCCCUAAUUUUGAAACGCAUGAAGUUGUCCCAUACCAAGGUCAGCGACUGGCAGGUUCUCUAUAAGACUGUGUACAGUGCCCUGGGCCUGAGGGACGCCUGCCGCUCCCUGCCCCAGUCCAUCCGGCUCUUUCGGGACAUUGCCCAGGAGUUCUCCGAUGACUUGCACCACAUUGCCAGCCUCAUUGGGAAAGUGGUGGACUUUGAGGGCAGCCUUGCUGAGAAUCGCUUCACCGUCCUCCCCAACAUUGAUCCUGAAAUUGAUGAGAAAAAACGAAGACUGACGGGUCUCCCCAGCUUCCUCACUGAAGUUGCUCGGAAGGAGCUGGAGAAUCUGGACUCUCGUGUUCCUUCAUGCAGUGUCAUCUACAUCCCUCUGAUUGGCUUCCUUCUUUCUAUUCCCCGUCUGCCCUUCAUGGUGGAGGCCAGUGACUUCGAGAUUGAGGGACUGGACUUCAUGUUUCUCUCAGAGGAGAAGCUGCACUAUCGAAGCACUCGGACCAAGGAGCUGGAUGCAUUGCUGGGAGACCUGCACUGUGAGAUCCGGGACCAGGAGACCCUGUUGAUGCACCAGCUGCAGUGCCAGGUGCUGGCAAGGGCAGCUGUCUUGGCCCGAGUGUUGGACCUGGCCUCCCGACUGGACGUCCUGCUGGCUCUCGCCAGCGCUGCCCGGGACUAUGGCUACUCUAGGCCCUGUUACUGUCCCCGACUCCAUGGGGUGCGAAUCCAGAACGGGAGACACCCUCUCAUGGAGCUGUGCGCCCGAACCUUUGUGCCCAACUCUGCAGAAUGCAGUGGGGACACAGGGAGAGUCAAAAUCAUCACCGGACCCAACUCCUCAGGGAAGAGUAUUUAUCUCAAGCAGGUGGGCUUGAUCACAUUCAUGGCCCUGGUGGGCAGCUUUGUGCCAGCGGAACAGGCCGAAAUCGGAGCAGUAGAUGCCAUCUUCACCCGAAUCCACAGCUGCGAGUCCAUCUCUCUGGGCCUCUCCACCUUCAUGAUCGACCUCAACCAGGUGGCGAAAGCAGUGAAUAAUGCCACCAAGCAGUCCCUGGUCCUAAUUGACGAAUUUGGAAAGGGAACCAACACGCUGGACGGGCUCUCGCUUCUGGCUGCCGUGAUCCGACACUGGCUGGCACUCGGACCCACGUGCCCCCACAUCUUUGUGGCCACCAACUUCCUAAGCCUCGUUCAGCUACAGCUGCUGCCACAAGGGCCUCUGGUGCAGUAUCUGGUGAGGAAGCCAAGGUGGCCCUGGGAAUCCAGGACCAUGGAGACCUGUGAGGAGGGGGACGACCUUGUCUUCUUCUAUCAGGUUUGCGAAGGUGUCGCCUGUGCCAGCCAUGCCUCCCACACAGCUACCCAGGCUGGGCUUCCUGACAAACUCGUUGCCCGUGCCAAAGAGGUUUCGGACUUAGUCCGCAGUGGAAAACCCAUCAAACCUGUCAAGGAGCUGCAGAAGCAGAACCAAAUGGAAAAGUGUCAAAUACUGGUGGAUAGGUUUCUGCAGCUGGAUUUGGAAGAUCCCAGCCUGGACUUGGAUAUUUUCAUGAGUCAGGAAGUGCUGCCUGCUGCCACCACCAUCCCCUGAGAGUCCCUUCUCUGCCCUCCCAGCCCUGAGACCCCAGGGGCUCCUGUGCCCACUUUGUGUGCUUAUCCCCUUUAACCCCCUUCAGACCCGAAGUUUGGUUGCCCUGGAAAGUUUGGUUUACUAUUAGGAAUAAAGUCUAUUUUGGAUAAAGU